UGAUGCGCGAGGAGUUUUGCCCGUGAGGGGUUUCAGCGCGCACAGGAUCAUUUUCACAUUUCUGGAUGAGUUUGCUGCUUUAUGAUGGAGGAUCACAUGCAGUGCACAAUCUGCUUGGAUCCGUUUGAAUUCCCAGUGACGAUACCAUGUGGGCACACUUUCUGCAAGAAAUGUAUCUCCAAGUUCUGGGAGGGCAAAGAAAAAGACGUUGACUGCCCUGUUUGUAAAGAACCCUUUCCCACGAGGCCUCAGCUCAAUCGUAAUGUUUCUAUGUCAGUUUUAACGGAGGCGGCUGCCGUAAACAGCCCAACGAAGAGAGAUGUGUGCGCAGGAGCUGCGGUCCACAUGGAGCCAGAGGAGUUCUGUGGGCGUCACCAGAAACCGCUGGUCAUUUACUGCAGGAACGACCGCAUGUGUGUCUGCUAUGAGUGUUCUGUGAACGAGUGUAAGGGACACGAUCAGAUUUUGGUGGAAGAGGAACGAAAGAAUCAAGAGGCAGGACUGAGGAAAAAGUGUAUGGAAAUUAACAAACACCAGGAAGCGACAGAGAGAAGCCUAUUAGAGCUUAGAGAAAAUAUGGCCCAAGCCCAGGUAUCACUCCAGCAGAUGUCUAACUGGGUGAACGGCAAGUUCUCCCAGCUGAUAAAGGUGCUUGCAGAGAAACAGGAAGUGACGCAUCACUUUCUGGAGAAGCAGCAGGAAGUGACAGUGUUGCAGGCAGAGGAGAGUUUGGCAGUGCUGCAGGAGAGAGCAGUGAAGCUUGCAGCCCUUCAGGAGGAGAUCAGCAGCAUGUGUUCACUCCCUCAUUGCCAGCUCAUCAAGGACUCCAGGUUCAUAGACGUCCCUCAGAUCAGUGAAGUUGCUGUGGAUGUAAACAUAAGUGUUCUGGAGAAGCUGAACCCCAUCACUGAUGUUCUGACUCGCGUCUCUAAAAUGGUGUGUGAAGACCUGGAGAGAGCUGUACAGGUGAUCGGAGGACAAGACAAAGAGAGCUCUCCUCAGGAUAAGAGGCCCGUUCUGGCUGUUGUUCCCAGCCCUGCAACGCCAUCCUAUCCAGCAGAGAGGGAGGGGCUGACUGCACACCACUGCAGUCUGACCUUUGACCCUCGCACCGCAAACGCUCACUUGCUCCUUUCCCAGAGCAACAGAAGAGCGGAGCAUCUCACCUCUGGGCCCCGCCUUGUCCCUGCCGACGAGUCCCGCUUCGACCACGCUUGGCAGGUAUUGUGUUUCCAAAGCUUCACUCACGGCCAGCAUUACUGGGAGCUGGAGGUCUCCAAACCAUGGGCGUACGUGGGUGUGACGUACCCGAACAUCCCGCGCAAAGAGAAAGGCAAACGCUGCAUGGUGGGCAUGAAUGAGCUUUCGUGGAGCCUGCAGCUCGACGAACGGCAGCUGAGUGCAUGGCAUGCUGGCUGCAGGGAGCCCAUCGCAGGCCAGCUGCAGUUGAAUGCACAGCCGCUUCGCAUCGGAAUGCUUCUGGAUUACGAGGCCGGAACGUUAACCUACUACGGCGAGGGACAGGUUCGGCUGCAUGCCUUCCACUGCGCUUUUUCACAAGCACUGUUACCGGCUUGCUGGAUUGGGGAAGGCGUCAGUAUUACACUCUGCGAACCAAGAGACUGAAUGUAUUUAAGUGAAAUAUCAUUGAUCUGUUCCCUGUUAAUUCUAAUAGGAUGUUCAUUGAAGAAAUAGAUGCUUUUCCCUGCUAGGAUCCUUUUCUCUUGAGGAAAUAGAUGCAGUUCCCAAUUUGGACGUAGGGUGAUGUAUGGGAACUGUUUGUAAUAUUCAAAUAACCGUGAGGGUUCACAAUGGAUUUCCUCGGAAGUCAGGAGGAGGAGUGCAUGUAGUUACACUGCUACAGUUUAGUGGACUCUUCUGAACGCUCUGAUUUUUAAAUAGUUUAGCAUUGAACUUGCAAAAGGGAAAACAAAACAUUGGCUCACUGUUUAUCAAGUGCUGAAACUUUGCUGGGUGAAAAAACAAUGUGGAAUUAUGAGUAACGAUGUCACACGAAAUCUUGAAAACUUUAGAUAACAUCAAUAACUAACAUCAAAUCUUUGCGACACGUGCGCUUAAAAAGUUAGACAGUACAACAAAUGAAACAUUUUCUCAAAAUAUGUUUUUAAAAAUCUAAGUGCUUUUAAAUUGGACAUGUUUAAAAAGUGUGGCUGUCCAGCAGUAGACGCUGAAAAAGAAAGAGCGGGUUUCUGUGCAACUGUCAAAGUCGUCCGUCCAGCGCGUUUACAAAGAAAAGCCAUCUAAGAACAUUGCAGAAGCAUGCAAAAACAUGAGUGAACAGCCCCUAACUAGAAAGAUUCUGUGCACAUCCAUACUAGGAUCCAUUUUCCUUGAGGAAAUAGAUGCAUUGAUCUGCUAGGAUCAUGUUUUCUUGAGGAAAUAGAUGCAUUUCCCUGCUAGGAUCACGUUUCCUUGAGGAAAUAGAUGCAUUUAUCUGCUAGGAUCACGUUUCCUUGAGGAAAUAGAUGCAUUGAUCUGCUAGGAUCAUGUUUUCUUGAGGAAAUAGAUGCAUUUCCCUGCUAGGAUCACGUUUCCUUGAGGAAAUAGAUGCAUUUAUCUGCUAGGAUCACGUUUCCUUGAGGAAAUAGAUGCAUUGAUCUGCUAGGAUCAUGUUUCCUUGAGGAAAUAGAUGCAUUUCCCUGCUAGGAUCACGUUUCCUUGGGGAAAUAGAUGCAUUGAUCUGCUAGGAUCACGUUUCCUUGAGGAAAUAGAUGCAUUUCCCUGCUAGGAUCACGUUUCCUUGAGGAAAUAGAUGCAUUUCCCUGCUAGGAUCACGUUUCCUUGAGGAAAUAGAUGCAUUUAUCUGCUAGGAUCACGUUUCCUUGGGGAAAUAGAUGCAUUGAUCUGCUAGGAUCACGUUUCCUUGGGGAAAUAGAUGCAUUUAUCUGCUAGGAUCACGUUUCCUUGAGGAAAUAGAUGCAUUGAUCUGCUAGGAUCACGUUUCCUUGGGGAAAUAGAUGCAUUUCCCUGCUAGGAUCAUGUUUCCUUGGGGAAAUAGAUGCAUUUCCCUGCUAGGAUCACGUUUCCUUGGGGAAAUAGAUGCAUUUCCCUGCUAGGAUCACGUUUCCUUGGGGAAAUAGAUGCAUUGAUCUGCUAGGAUCAUGUUUCCUUGAGGAAAUAGAUGCAUUUCCCUGCUAGGAUCACGUUUCCUUGGGGAAAUAGAUGCAUUGAUCUGCUAGGAUCACGUUUCCUUGAGGAAAUAGAUGCGUUGAUCUGCUAGGAUCACGUUUCCUUGAGGAAAUAGAUGCAUUUCCCUGCUAGGAUCACGUUUCCUUGAGGAAAUAGAUGCAUUUAUCUGCUAGGAUCACGUUUCCUUGAGGAAAUAGAUGCAUUUCCCUGCUAGGAUCACGUUUCCUUGAGGAAAUAGAUGCAUUUAUCUGCUAGGAUCACGUUUCCUUGAGGAAAUAGAUGCAUUUAUCUGCUAGGAUCACGUUUCCUUGAGAAAAUAUAUGCAUUUCCCUGCUAGGAUCACGUUUCCUUGAGGAAAUAGAUGCAUUGAUCUGCUAGGAUCAUGUUUCCUUGGGGAAAUAGAUGCAUUUCCCUGCUAGGAUCAUGUUUUCUUGGGGAAAUAGAUGCAUUGAUCUGCUAGGAUCACGUUUCCUUGAGGAAAUAGAUGCAUUGAUCUGCUAGGAUCAUGUUUCCUUGAGGAAAUAGAUGCAUUUCCCUGCUAGGAUCACGUUUCCUUGAGGAAAUAGAUGCAUUUCCCUGCUAGGAUAAUUUCCUGCUGGGAUCCCUACUGUAAGUGAACCUGAGACCUGUGGCCUUGUUUUGCCAUCAUUUCCUCCUCGUGUUUGUGAAGAGUGGUGUAGAAAUGUGCAUUGAAGAAUCUACAUGCACACUCUUAGGGGCAGUUCAAACAGGACAGGUUCUUGCAUCCGUCUGCACCUUUUUGUAAGAAUACGCUAGAGCGGAUGUGUUCGACCAUCGAAACACGUCUUGCUGCUUUUCCAGUGUCUUGCACAUGAGCACACCACGUUUUUAAGAUGCUGUGCCAAGUUAAAAAAGUCAUUUUUAAAACGCGCCUCCAGACACCUCUGUUUUGUCAUUCUGUUGUGUUUUUUUAAUGCAAGAAGUGGCCGUUCUCCUUUGGCUUUUGAUAACUGUGAAUUGUAUUUCCACUGAAUCCGUUAUAUCAGUAUUUGUAUAUUUUUGAAGAGUUUAACUACACAACUACAUCAUGAUGUGUGCAUCAAAUUUCAUAUGAUACACUUUUCAAGGGUUGACAUCUGAGGAAAGUAAAAUUUCAUAGUGUUUUUUAUUUUCAUUAGUCAUGAACUCGUCAUAGUCAUUGGCUAUAUUCAGUGGAAUACUAGUGCACUACAUACGGUGUAGUAUGUACCAUAUACUACUUUUAAAUACAAUUAAAAAUACUUUUUUUCUUAUACACCUCAUACACUAACUACUUAUAGGUAAAAUUAUGCUCAGUUCUGGGAGAUAUUCAUAUUCAAGAAAAUUCUAUAAUAAAAAAAAUUAUAAUUGCACAAGCCAUUUGGGCUCCGUAAAGAAAGGGAAAACUGGAGAAGCACAUCCUUUGGAAAUAAUGGAGACAUUCUGAGAAGUCUUCUGGCCCUAGUUUUGACAUAUUUCUCACUUGCUGG